AUGAAACAAUAUAGUAAAGCUAUAAUAUACUUUACAAAAGCAAAUAUUAUAGAUCCAGAAAAUAUUCAUAAUUUGAAUAAGAGAGCUAUUGCAUACUAUAUUAUUCAGGAAUAUGAUAAAGUUUUAUUAGAUCUUGAUAAAAUUAUACAAUUAGAUCCAUUAAAUAGUUCAGCAUAUUAUCUUAAAAGUCUAACAUACUAUACAAAAAAUGACAUCAAUAAUGUCACAAUAUUAUUUGAAAAGUAUACAGAAUUAUUAAAAUUACUGAGUUCUGAUAGUAAUAGUUUAACAAAAUUCCAAUCAUUUCAUCUAGAAUAUUUACUAAAUAAAAAUAGUUCUAAAGAUUUAAAUAAUAUAUUAACAAAAAUCAAUCAAAUUCCUAAUAUUAGUGAGAAUGAAUUAUUACUUUUAAUUAGAUGUAAAAUACAUAUUGAACUAAACAAGUAUUAUAAAACUAAAGUAGAUUUGGAUAUGUUAUUUAAAAUAAGUGGUAGAGACAACGCAUAUUACUAUAAAGCUUUUUCAUAUAUUCAUUUAUUAUUACAAAAGCAUUCGGGUUUUUGGUCAUAUUUAUAUAAAGAUUGUGAAAUUGACAAAUGUGAUUUUACCAAACUUGGAAUUACUGACGAGUUUAGUAAAUACAUGUAUAAAGAAAAAGAAGUAUAUUUUAUUUCAAAUCUUACAAAUUUAAAUAGUGAACUUUGUCAAUUCCAAGAAAGUGAUAUAAACAGUUUAUCAGGGCUGGUAUUGUGCUCUAAAAAUAAAAAACUUCGUUUAGAUUUGCCUAUAAUAUAUAAUAAUUCUGUUUAUCUUCUUAUUUAUAAAAUAAAUGUUAAAAAAAUAUUAUCUAAAAAUUGCUUUAUAAAAUUUAUAUAUAAUGAUAAUAAAAAUGAUCAAUAUGAGCGUAUGUUAAAACGUAAAGAUGUGUCAAAAUUUGAGGGAUUAGGUUGGAUAGAAUAUCAGCAUUUAAAUUUUAACAUGAAUGGAUUUCAACUUUCAAUUGAAAUAAAUUCUAUUGAAAUGCAAAUAGAUUAUGUUCGAUUUGCAGAUAUAUCUAGAAGAAUAACUCACAUUCCCAACAUGAGUUUGAUGGGUUAUUUGUUACCAGAUUAUUACCGAUUUUUACCAAAUGUUCCAGAAACUUUCAAAGACAAGUAUUUUUCAAGAAAAGAAAUGGAAAAUUUACUUGAUUUAAAUGAUAUCCUUAGCAUCUUAUAA